AUGAUAGAAGUCUUGCCUGAAUGCCGGUCAUUUCCGGGUCAGUGGUGGGUCUUAAUAGAAUCUUGGUUGACAUAUGAUGUUUCCGAUGUAGAACUAGGUUUAUCUAAUUUUAACAUAUUUCGUGCUGAUCGAAGUUUUAGUGUUAGUGGUAAAGUUAGAGGUGGUGGUGUACUGGUGGCUGUAAAAAAAGAUAUAUGUUCCUCAACUAUCUUUAUAGGUCAAUCAGUAGAAAGUAUUUACCUUCGUCUUCAGAUUAAGGAAUUUAACUUUAUUGUGGGAGGCGUCUAUAUUCCUCCUGGUUCUGCGGAAGUUAUUUAUAAGAACCACUGUGAUGAUUUAGAAAAUAUUUUUAACAAAUACCCUGAGUCCAAAUAUAUUAUUGCAGGGGAUUUUAAUUUACCUAAUAUAAAGAUUGAUGACAAUAUGUUUAUGUCGUGUGCAGGGCCACGGAGCAAUUUUGAUAUAAUCAGUGGGUUGUAUUCGUUUUUAAACAUGAACCAAAUUAAUAUGAUCCCAAAUGAAAGAGGCGUCUUUCUUGAUCUAAUCUUUUCUAAUAUUAAGGAUAUAGAAAUUAGUGAAGCUAUGAAUCUGUUAUCGAAUGUAAAUUUUCAUCAUAUUCCUUAUAUGUGGUCUGUAUCUUGUAUAGCAGAUGCUCCCUUACUCUUGGAGAAGUAUGUUUUUGAUUUUGGUAAUGGAGAUUAUCACUCACUUAAUAAUUUUUUGGCAUCUGUGGACUGGACGUCUUGUUUCAGCAUUAAUUACUAUAUUCCAAAGAAAACGAUUAAAUUUGGGAGUUCUUAUCCGAUAUGGUUUAACAGGGAUCUUAAAAAUUUGUGCUACCAGAAAAGGCUCGCUCAUUUUAAAUAUAAAUUGUCUAGCAAAUUAGUAGAUUAUCUUAACUUCAAGUCGAUUCGAUCUCGCUGCAAGACCCUUAAUGAAAAUUUAUAUUCUUCGUACAUUGCCCAAGUUGAUGUUAGUGUUACAUCUAAUCCAAAUUAUUUUUGGAAAUAUAUUCGUAAUAAGAACAAGGAUAAUGGGAUUCCUAAUUACAUGUCACUUAAAGAUAAGAAAGCGGACAAUGGAGCAGAUAUUUCCAAUCUGUUUGCGGAAUAUUUUUCUACAGUCUAUGUUACUGAUCCCACAACAAAUUUACAAAAUAAUAAUUCACCUAAUUUAAAAGUCUUUGAUAGUGGAUUAAAGGUAACAUUAUUGGAUGUUUUUCAAAAUAUUAGCAAUCUUAAAUCUUCUUAUUCCUGUGGCCCCGACGGUGUUCCAAAUUACAUUAUUGCGAAACAACUACAAUGGUCUUCUUCUUUGAUUUUAUCUACUCAUCAACAUGGGUUUUGUAAAGUAAGGUCUCAAGUGGAUUCCAUUUACACCGACUUCGCCAAAGCCUUUGAUAGGGUCGGUCAUCACAUUCUGAUCUCUCAACUGAGUCAACUAGGGUUUAACAGUUCCACUGUAGAUUGGUUGUUUUCGAUUUUAUCGGGCAGAUGUCAACAAGUCAGAAUUGGCAAUUUUAUAUCCCGCAGUUUUGAAGUUACUUCUGGUGUACCUCAGGAUGCGUUGGAAUUACAGUCUGAUUUAAAUAGCUUAUAUAACUGGUGUGAUCGGAAUCAAUUGUUUUUAAAUACUGAUAAAUGUUAUGUUAUAACAUUCUGUAAAGUAGUAAAUGAAAUAAAAGACCUCGGUGUGGUGUUUGAUUCAAAAUUGUCUUUUAAUAAAUCUCAUUACGAUUAUAUUUUCAAAAAGUCAAUGAACAUGUUGGGUUUUGUAUAG